GGCAGGGACGGAAGCACAGUGGGACCGUGGGGAAAGGUAGUGAGGAGUGGGAGUUGCAGGGUUCGGAGCGAUGAUCCCCCCGCAGGAGGCGUCCGCUCGACGGCGGGAGAUCGAGGACAAGCUGAAGCAGGAGGAGGAGACGCUGUCCUUUAUCAGAGACAGCCUGGAGAAGAGCGACCAGCUCACCAGGAACAUGGUCUCUAUCCUGUCGUCCUUUGAGAGCCGCCUUAUGAAGCUGGAGAACUCCAUCAUCCCUGUGCACAAGCAGACGGAGAAUCUGCAGCGGCUGCAGGAAAAUGUGGAGAAGACCCUAUCGUGCCUGGACCACGUCAUCAGCUACUACCAUGUGGCCAGUGACACCGAGAAGAUCAUCAGGGAGGGCCCCACAGGUAGGCUGGAGGAGUACCUAGGAAGCAUGGCCAAGAUUCAGAAAGCUGUGGAGUAUUUCCAAGACAAUAGUCCAGACAGCCCAGAGCUCAACAAAGUGAAGCUGCUGUUCGAGCGGGGGAAGGAGUCGCUGGAGUCCGAGUUCCGCAGCCUGAUGACCCGGCACAGUAAAGUCGUCUCCCCUGUGCUCAUCCUGGAUCUCAUCAGCGGCGAGGACGAGCUGGAGGUCCAGGAGGAGGUGCCUCUGGAGCACCUGCCUGAGGGCGUGCUGCAGGACGCGAUCCGCAUCUCGCGCUGGCUGGUGGAGUACGGCCGCAACCAAGACUUCAUGAACGUCUACUACCAGAUUCGCUCCAGCCAGCUGGACCGCUCCAUCAAGGGCCUGAAGGAGCACUUCCGGAAGAGCAGUUCUUCCUCUGGGGUUCCCUACUCCCCUGCUAUCCCCAGCAAGAGGAAAGACACACCCACCAAGAAGCCCAUCAAGCGGCCAGGGACGAUCCGUAAGGCUCAGAACCUUCUGAAACAGUAUUCCCAGCAUGGUCUAGAUGGGAAAAAGGGGGGCUCUAACCUCAUUCCUCUGGAAGGGCAUCUUCCCCGUCCCCUGAGGGGCAGCCCACCUGGCCCCUGGAUAAACCACUGCUUGUGUUUGUGCGGCCCAUAUCUCACCAGUCCGCGAGCUGGUUUCCAGGUUAAACACCUGUCCGAGGCCCUGAACGACAAGCCAGGGCUGCUGGCCGGGAGAGACGACAUGCUGGACGUGGAGACUGACGCCUACAUCCACUGCGUCAGUGCCUUUGUCAAGCUGGCUCAGAGCGAGUACCAGCUGCUGACCGACAUCAUCCCCGAGCACCAUCAGAAAAAGACCUUCGACUCCCUGAUACAGGAUGCAUUGGAUGGGCUGAUGCUCGAGGGGGAGAACAUCGUGUCAGCCGCCCGAAAGGCCAUCAUCCGACACGACUACUCUGCCGUGCUCACCGUCUUCCCCAUCCUGCGGCACCUCAAGCAGACCAAACCUGAGUUUGACCAGGUGCUCCAGGGCACAGCCGCCAGCACCAAGAACAAGCUGCCCGGCCUCAUCACCUCCAUGGAGACCACCGGAGCCAAGGCCCUGGAGGACUUUGCGGACAACAUCAAGAAUGACCCGGACAAGGAGUACAACAUGCCCAAGGAUGGCACCGUGCACGAGCUCACAAGCAAUGCCAUCCUCUUCCUUCAGCAGCUUCUGGACUUCCAGGAGACAGCGGGUGCCAUGCUGGCCUCCCAAGAGACCAGUUCUUCAGCCACCAGCUACAGCUCCGAGUUCAGCAAGCGACUCCUAAGCACCUACAUCUGUAAAGUCCUGGGCAACCUGCAGCUGAACUUGCUGAGCAAAUCCAAGGUGUAUGAAGACCCAGCUCUGAGCGCCAUCUUCCUGCACAACAACUACAACUACAUCCUCAAGUCCCUGGAGAAGUCUGAGCUGAUCCAGCUGGUGGCUGUGACCCAGAAGACUGCAGAGCGGUCCUAUCGGGAGCACAUCGAGCAGCAGAUCCAGACCUACCAGCGCAGUUGGUUAAAGGUGACCGAAUACGUCUCUGAGAAGAACCUGCCUGUAUUCCAGCCUGGAGUCAAGCUCCGGGACAAGGAGCGGCAGAUAAUCAAGGAGCGUUUUAAGGGCUUCAAUGAUGGCCUUGAAGAGCUGUGCAAGAUCCAGAAGGCCUGGGCUAUCCCAGACACAGAGCAGAGGGACAAGAUUCGCCAGGCUCAGAAAAACAUCGUCAAGGAGUCCUACGGGGCCUUUCUGCACAGGUAUGGUAACGUGCCCUUCACCAAGAACCCCGAUAAGUACAUCAAGUACCGCGUGGGCCAGGUGGGCGACAUGAUCGACCGCCUUUUCGACACCUCCGCCUGAGCCUGCUGCUGCCCCUGCCUGAUUCUGCCGGACUAACCUUGUCAUUGGACAGAUAAACCAGUGUUAACUUGC